AUCGUACAAGCGGCCCAGUGCAUUGCACACGGCAGUGUGCUUGGCCCCGGGAUGGCUCGUAGGUCAGUGGUUUGUUGUCGCUGGUUCAAGUGUCGUAGUCCCCUGUAUGGUUUACAGUCAUGCCGUGGAUGAGGAUGUUUUGGUCGGUGAGGGACCGCAUGGACCGCAUGAGGCCCUAAAAGACACACUUGUAUGAUGGAAUUUUAUCUGAUUCUGUAGAUCAGAUUUCUUUAUUCAGAAUAUUUCUUAUGCAAGUAGUUUUGACUGCUAAAGGUAGAAAACUUCAACUACAGAAGAAUUCAUUUCAAUAUCGUCUAUGAGAAUCCUGAUUUGCUUUUGAUUUUUUAUAAUCUUUUUUAUUUACGUUAUGAACAAGCAAAGAACUUACCGCUUUAGACAACUCCACAUUAAUAAGAAUGCCUAGAAAAGGAUUGAUACUUCAGACUCGGACCCACUGGCUAUUAUUGGGUCUUGCUUUGCUCUGCAGCUUGGUAUUACUCUUGUACCUUCUGGAAUGUGCCCCCCAGACUGAUGGAAAUGCAUCUCUUCCUGGUGUUAUUGGGGAAAAUUAUGGCAAAGAAUAUUAUCAAGCCCUCUUACAGGAGCAAGAAGAACAUUAUCAGACUAAGGCAACAAGUCUGAAACGGCAAAUUGCCCAACUGAAACAAGAAUUACAGGAAAUGAGUGAGAAGAUGAAAUCAAUCCAAGAGAGAAAGAAUAUAGGAGCUAAUGGCAUCAGCUAUCAGGGCAAUAAAGAACAAGCCCCUAGUGAUCUUUUGGAAUUUCUUCAUUCCCAAAUUGACAAAGCUGAAGUUAGCAUAGGAACCAAACUACCUAGUGAGUAUGGGGUCAUUCCCUUUGAAAGUUUUACAUUAAUGAAAGUAUUCCAAUUGGAAAUGGGCCUCACUCGCCAUCCUGAGGAAAAGCCAGUUAGAAAAGAUAAGCGAGAUGAAUUGGUGGAAGUUAUUGAAGCUGGCCUAGAGGUCAUUAAUAAUCCUGAUGAAGAUGAUGAGCAGGAAGAUGAGGAUGGUCCCCUUGGAGAGAAACUGAUAUUUAGUGAAAAUGACUUCAUAGAAGGUUAUUAUCGCACUGAGAGAGAUAAGGGCACACAGUAUGAACUCUUUUUUAAGAAACCAGACCUUAUGGAAUAUAGACAUGUCACCCUCUUCCGCCCAUUUGGACCGCUUAUGAAAGUAAAGAAUGAGAUGAUUGACAUCACUAGAUCAAUCAUUAAUAUCAUUGUGCCACUUGCUGAAAGAACUGAUACAUUUGCACAGUUCAUGCAGAACUUCAGGGAUGUAUGUAUUCAUCAGGACAAGCGAAUUCAUCUCACUGUGGUGUAUUUUGGUAAAGAAGGAUUGGCUAAAGUCAAGUCUAUACUAGAAUCCAUCGCAAGUGAGUCUAAUUUUCACAAUUACACGUUGGUCUCAUUGAAUGAAGAAUUUAAUCGUGGACGAGGACUAAAUGUGGGUGCCCAAGCUUGGGACAAGGGAGAGGUCUUGAUGUUUUUCUGUGAUGUUGAUAUAUAUUUCUCAGCCGAAUUCCUUAACAGCUGCCGGUUAAAUGCUGAGCCAGGUAAGAAGGUGUUUUACCCCGUGGUGUUCAGUCUCUACAAUCCUGCCAUCGUUUAUGCCAAUCAGGAUGUGCCACCACCCGUGGAACAGCAGCUGGUUCACAAAAAGGAUUCUGGCUUUUGGCGAGACUUUGGCUUUGGGAUGACUUGUCAGUAUCGAUCAGAUUUCCUUUCCAUUGGUGGAUUUGACAUGGAAGUAAAAGGUUGGGGUGGAGAAGAUGUUCAUCUUUAUCGAAAAUACUUACACGGCGAACUGAUUGUGAUUCGGACUCCAGUUCCUGGUCUCUUCCACCUCUGGCAUGAGAAGCACUGUGCUGAUGAGCUGACCCCCGAACAGUACCGUAUGUGCAUCCAGUCCAAAGCCAUGAAUGAGGCAUCACACUCACACCUGGGAAUGCUGGUCUUCAGGGAGGAGAUAGAGACUCAUCUUCACAAACAGGCAUACAGAACAAAUAGUGAAGCUGCUGGUUAACAUAAUCGACACUUUAUGCUGAACCACAAACCAGCACUAUUUACUUAGCCUUAAUCCCAGUUCCAGAUUCAGUGCCUCUUUCAGAAACAACAUACUUAUUUUUUAUGGGUUUUGACAGCAGUUUAACUUGACAUGAGGGGAAAAAGCAAGUGUUUCAAUGCAGAGCUUGUUUGUGAGAAUAAAAUGCUAUGGAAUCAUUGGCAAAUCAAACUCUGCUAUUUAGUCCAAAGGUAGUUUUUUUUGUUGUUUUUUUUUUGUUUUUUUGGAGGUUCUUGUCAUUUUUUUUCUUUCUUUUUUUAAUUGAAUCACCAUGAGAUACAUUUACAAAGCUUUCAAGAUUGAGUUUCAGUCAUAUAAUGAUCGAACACCCAUCCAGUGCACGUUUUUCACCACCAAUGUCCCCAGUAUCCAUCCCAUGACCCCCACGCCAUCCCAUCCCCUGCCUCUGGCAGGCACCUUCCAUCUUACUCUCUCUACUUUCCAAAAGUAGUUUUAAGUUAGUGCUAACAUGGUACCCAUGUGUUGAUGUAUCCUUGUUGCCUCUGGGCUUCGUGAUGGAGUGUGUUGAUCAUGCUGAUACCUGAUCAGGGAGUGUCUCCUUGCAGAAAGGAAUGGAUGGAAUAUAUGGAAAAGGGCUUUUCAUCUUCUGACCACUGAGCUAACCUGCUUGUUUGUUUUUUAAUGAAGAUAUUUAGUUGCUUGAAGAAUUCCUGUUUACUGAAGCACAGAUAAUUAAAUAUCAUACCUGAAAUCCCAGUCAGUUGAGAAGACAAAUAUCUUUCAGUGUUGUUCAGAAUAUCUUUUUAAACAAAUGAGUAAUAGUACACGACACUUUAGGUUAUGAUCUAUGACUUGUUUAGAAAUACAGUGUGUUGUUACUUUAUCAUGUUCAGAAUUAAUCAAAUUUGCUGUAGACUAUUUUGAAAAAAAAAUAAUCCUGGAAAUGUCUUUAAAUGAGCAUUUAAUUAUGUUAGAGCACAGUACACUCAUGUCUGGAGUACACAGAUGUCUGGAGAAAGUGUAUGGGAACUAGGGCUACCUCAGGGUCAUCUUGUGGUAGCUCAAAAUAGCUGAGCAUAGCAUGUGGGUGUGGGUGUGGGUGUGUGUGUGCGUAUGUGUGUGUGGUGUGUUUUCUGCUCUGUAUUUUUUCACUUUGCAUGGACCCAUAUGUGUUUUUAUUAUUAUUAUGUAUUGCAUCAUUAAAAUAUUUUCAGUUGAGAGUUUGGCCCAAGGAGAAAAAUACUGAGGCAUACCAUAGUAUCAUGUGAUCUGAGAAAAGAAUAGAGGAAGAUCUGGUUGAAAAUCUGAAUUACAGAAUAUUUUAGAGAAAUAUGCUACUUGCAGAUAAAAUGUUUUCAUUGAGAUAGGACCUAGGUACAAGACAAAUAAAUUAUAUUCAAGUAAAAUUCUGUUAUUUAUUACACAUGGAUCUUUUACCAUAGGUAGGGUCAGUUGCUAAGCCCAGAAAUUGGAGAUAAAGCAUGCGGACAUUCUUUCACUUUUGAAAGGGAUCUAUAUUGAAUUAUUGUACAUAAACAUUAUCCACACCCCCCAAAAAAACUCACAGAAGAAAAAUUAUUAACUCUUUUACCUCUGUAAAUCAAUUGCUGAAAGUAUUAUAAAUUCCAAAUU